AUGGCAUGGAGGCGGAGGAGGGUACUGUUGGGCUGUCUCGCAGCAGCUCUGCUCUUUCUCCUCUACCGGCUUCCGGAGGGUAAGGCUACCCUGCCAGAUCCUUCCAACCGAUGGAUGAGAGCAUUACGCGGCGACAAAGAUGCCUUCCUCAUCAAAAUCGAUGGCAGCAUUGGCGACUGGGUCUCUGUUAGGGGCAGGGAAAUGUACCCUGUACAGACCUAUAUGGAGCUCCCACACAGCUCGCGAGAGCAUCCGUGGCCACAUAUACAGCACGACUUCGGCCACGGCUUUGACCCAGGUGCUCAGCUUGAUCGGCAACAGGCUGUUCUGAAUGCUUUUCGGCAUUCGUGGGAGGGUUAUAAGCAGUUCGCGUGGCUUGACGAUGAGCUCACCCCGGUUUCUGGCGGACGCAAGGCAACCUUCUCCAGCUGGGCUGCCACUUUGGUGGACUCCCUUGAUACAUUGUGGAUUAUGGGACUCAAAGACGAUUUUGUUGAUGCUGUCAAUGCUGUUAGUGGCAUCGACUUCCAUACCCCUGAUAAUGUCCCCAUCAACGUCUUCGAGACCAAUAUCCGGUACCUCGGAGGCUUCCUCGGCGCGUACGAUAUAAGCAAUGGAUCAUACCCCAUCCUUCUCCGGAAGGCAGUGGAGGUAGCUGACAUGCUACUAGGUGCCUUCGACACAUACAAUCGCAUCCCCAUCUCACAUUGGCACAAGAAAUACGGCGAGAAAGCUGAGCCCGAGACUACAAUUGCCGAGCUCGGCUCUCUUUCUCUCGAGUUUACCCAUCUCUCUCAACUAACUUACGACAUGAAGUACUACGAUGCUAUCACUCGCAUCACCGACUGUCUUGAAGCACAGCAAAUGUCUACCCGCCUUCCAGGCCUCUUUCCCCAGACCGUCUCCGGUCGCGACUGUAACAUGCACCGCGACUUCACCUUUUCUCUUGGUGCAUUCGCCGACUCGUUCUACGAAUAUCUGCCAAAAAUGCAUCAACUCAUGCACGGCGGAAAUCCCAGCUACGAGACGAUGUAUCUGCGCUCCCUCGCCCCCAUCACUGCGCACUUGCUUGCCAAGCCAAUGACACCCUCCUCUGCCGACAUUUUGUUCCCUCUUACCUAUAAAGCAAACCAACCACAUCCUGCGUCUGUUCCACAGAUGCAACACCUCGCUUGCUUCGCCGGCGGCAUGUUCGCCCUAGGGUCUCGCCUCUUCUCACGCCCCGCCGACCUUGACACCGCCCGCCAACUCACCCAGGGCUGCAUCUGGGCGUACAACGCCACACCGACAGGGAUCGCGCCCGAGCAGUUCCACUUCCUCCCCUGUCCGUCUCCCCAAGGACCCUGUCCCUGGAACGAGUCCGCCUGGAAGGAGGCGCUCUGGCAACAGAAUUCGCUUGAUGCGUCCCUGGCAGACCGCAAAUUGCCGUUCGACGAGCGGGUCACUAUGGCGGUCGAGCGCACCAGCUGUCCGAAAGGCAUGACGGGAUUGGGCAAUAAGGGUUACCGCCUGCGGCCGGAGGCGAUCGAGUCAAUUUUUCUGCUGUACAGAAUUACAGGCGACGAGAGCCUACGAGAUGAUGCUUGGCGCAUGUUCCAAGCUAUUGAGAAGCAGACAAGGGCGGAGUUUGGGUAUUCGACUAUCGAUGACGUGACACUCCCGGCCGCAGUGAUUGGAAACGAUGAAGGAGAGGUUGAUAAGACGACCGGCAGGCGGAGGGUGCAUAGGAAACUGGACAGAAUGGAAACGUUCUGGACGGCAGAGACGCUCAAGUACUUCUACCUGAUCUUUGGGGACGCGGACGUGGCCAGUUUGGACGAAUUUGUAUACAACACUGAGGCGCACCCUUUUCGGCUCAUGGCAACCGAGUAG